AUGUGCGGCAUCUAUGCAGCCAUUUCUGCGUCCGGAUACUGUCAUGCUUCUCCCACUCUGGAAAAGCGUCUUCGAAACCGGGGCCCUGACCACCAUGGCUCGGUCGAGGAGCGGCUUGACUACGGGAACAAACCGUUGUUCCUGACCUUGACCUCGACGGUGCUCUCCCUACGUGGGGACCACGUUGCGAAACAACCACUCGUCGACGACGCCACCGGCUCCGUGCUAUGCUGGAAUGGCGAGGCCUGGAGGCUUCACGGGCGUCCCGUCGAGGGCAACGACGGCGAAGCGAUCCUGCUCGAGCUGAGUGCCGCUCGAGGCGAAGGCGAGGUGCUUGAAGUCUUGCGUGCCAUCGAAGGGCCCUUUGCCUUCAUCUUCCUUGACAAACCGGCUGGCCGUCUCUAUUACGGACGAGAUCGCCUGGGACGCCGCUCGUUGCUGGUCAGGCACGGACUUCCGUUUUCCUUGUCGAGUGUCGCCGAAUCGCCAGCUGCUGGUUGGAUCGAGGUCGAGGCCGAUGGAUGCUAUGUGCUGCCACUUGGGCUGCCCCGUGCCACGGGACACCUGUCGGCUGAACUCGUCCCCAUCAGGCGUGACUGGGCGGAAGAUGCAACGCUGGGCAUGUGGCGCGUUCACCCAGCUCACCUGCGGUCUGCUCAGGUGUCCAGCAUCGCAGUAUUCGACACCUCUAUUCCCGCCGAGAAGUGUGCAUUGACACGCCAUUCGUCUUCGGCGCAGCAGCUUCGCCGCCAGCUCAACGAGUCGCUGACGUCCCGCGUGCUGCAAGUGCCGGUACCACCCCAUUCAUCCCCAUCCGACGCCGCAGUUGCCGUCUUGUUCUCCGGAGGACUCGACUGCACCGUGUUGGCACGUAUGACAAGUGAUUUGCUACCCUCUGACCAGGCGAUCGACUUGAUCAAUGUCGCAUUCGAGAACCCGAGGAUUGCUGCUCAGCACAAGGGCGCGUCGCAGGAGGAGCUAUUCGAACUUUGUCCCGACAGAAUCACAGGGCGCAAGUCCUUUGCGGAACUAGGGGCCGUCUGCGCCGACAGAAGAUGGCAGUUUGUAACCGUAAACGUCCCCUUCUCUCUCGCGAGCGGCAGCCGGGCCGAGGUGAUUGAGUUGAUGCACCCGCACAACACGGAGAUGGACCUGUCAAUCGCCUACGCCCUCUACUUCGCCGCAAGGGGACAGGGGCGCAUCCUUGAUGAGCCGGGCUCGGCGGCACGGCCCUACACCACGACGGCUCGAGUCCUCCUUUCCGGCCUCGGCGCCGACGAGCUCUUCGGAGGCUACACGAGGCACGCAACAGCAUUUUCCAGACAAGGCUACGCCGGCCUGGUGGACGAGCUCAGGCUGGAUGUGGGACGGCUGGGCAGGAGAAACCUGGGACGAGACGACAGAGUCAUGGCGCACUGGAAGCGAGAGGUGAGAUUUCCCUACCUCGACGAGAGGCUUGUCCGAUGGGCGGUCCAGCUGCCGGCCUGGGAGAAGUGUGACUUUGAGAACCCAGGGGUCGACGGGGAGGUUGAGGCGGGGAAGAGAGUGCUGCGCAUUUUGGCGCAGGAACUGGGAAUGACGGGCGUCGCCGGGGAGAAGAAGCGAGCGCUGACGAGGCGCCAAGAUCCAGUUUGGGGCUCGAACGGCAAAGAUGGAGAGCGGUCGAGUCAAGGGGACGACGGUGAUUUCAUGACAACGACGACGACAUAUGUGAUGCCCGAGGCAAGCGCCUCUUGCGCAGGCACCCAUGGGCCGUGA